AUGCUCUUCAAAAGCAUCUACCAGGUCCUAAGCCUGGCCUCCAUCGUCCUGGGCCAUGGAGCUGUGACCAGUUACACCAUUGACGGAAAGAACUAUCCAGGCUACGAGGGCUUCUCACCUGCGACCUCGCCGCCGACCAUUCAGUGGCAAUGGCCAGACUACAACCCAACGAUGACUGUCAAUGACAUCAAGAUGCGAUGCAAUGGUGGCAAGUCAGCGGAUCUCACGGCUAACAUCAAGGCCGGCACCAAUAUCACGGCCAACUGGAAGCAGUGGACUCAUGCCCAAGGCCCGGUCAUGGUCUGGCUCUACGACUGCGGCAGUAGCUUCAAAACCUGUACCGGAGACAAACAGGGAUGGUUCAAGAUUGACCAGAUGGGCCUCUGGGGUAACAAUCUCAACAGCGAGAAUUGGGGCACUGCCAUCGUUCUGAAGCAGCUCAAAUGGUCCAGCAAGAUUCCGACGAACCUCAAGGCCGGCAAUUAUCUUAUUCGUCAUGAACUACUCGCCCUUCACCAGGCCAACACCCCUCAAUUUUACGCCGAAUGCGCCCAGCUCAUUGUGGAGGGAUCCGGCACAGCUCAGCCGCCGGUGUCAUUCCUGAGGAGCAUUCCGGGUUACGCUUCGCAGAAUGAUCCUGGCAUCACCGUUGACAUAUACCAAGGAGGAAGAACAUCCUACGAUCCUCCGGGUGGUGCUUUAUGGUCUGGUUUCCAGUAG